AUCCUGCCCCUGCGAGGCCUCGACCUCCCAACCAGGCCCUUAAGCCAGCGCCGCGCCCUCGCCUGGUCCAGCGAUGCCGAGCUUGCUGUCGCUGCAGACGACUCGGUGCUCAUCUACGUCCCUGAGUUCCCUAUCCUAGACCCUGCCCGCCCGGGGCUGAUGUCUGAGGACAGCGAUGAUGGCGAUCCCGACGACGAUGACGAGGGCGGCAGCAGCGUGAAGCUCAACGCUGCGGCGGGCGCCGCUGGUGCUCUGGAUGGAGACGACGAGCAAUUGCCCAGAUGUCAGUUUUCUGAGGUCUGGCGGCAUCUCCCCAUCUCGCACCCGCCUCUGCACCCGGACCUGAACAGGCACGUGUGGGAAGCUGCUGGGCGGGAAAUGCCUGUGAUUCAUCACGGCCCCGCCGGGGUAGGCGGCGAUGCGCAUGCCAACGGCCAUAACGGAGGUGCAGCGUGGGGCAAGGCGCAGGAGCAGCCGGCGAGAAAUGAAGAAGGCGAAAGGAGAGAAGAGAAGGGAGAGGGGACAGUGGUGGCCCGCCAUCCAGGCGCCGGAGUCGGCAUCAUAGGGGCCUCUGGCGCAAGUAUGAACCAUGUGGUCGCGGUGGGCUGGUCACCUGCUGGCAUAGGGCGGAACGGACGGCCCGUGCUGGCCGUGCUGACGGGAGUAGGGAGUCUGGCCGUAUAUGGCGAGGGCGGUCCAGCACCCUUUGGCAGCACAGCGAGGCCGUUGCGGAACCUAGGCGCUGGACGAGGCGCUGCGAGGGACCUGCAGAGUUGGGUGGUGCUGUGGGCGGUGGGCGAGAACUUUGUGGUUCCGGGCCAGGAGGAGUAUGGAUAUGGCGAGUUCGUAAAGGCUUUUGCGUGGUGCAGGGAGGUUGGCGGUGGGAGGGCGCUGCUGGCAUAUCUGAAUGAUGUGAGGGAGCUGGUGGUGCUGUCCGUGGGGACGACUUUUAGGAAGAGGGAGACGGACGGGCUCGAAGAGGCCAUUUGGAAUGUCCAGGAGGUGAUGCGGUUGGAGGCUGCAGGCCCACAUGGACAUCUUGAUAUUUAUGACCCGGACUUUGUGCCAUCUGACUCAAGCUAUUGCCUUCGCUGGAGUCCUUGGGUCAAGGACAGACAGAACUGGUCAUGUCUGCUCUCCUACAUGGACAGGCACUAUGUCGGUUUCAAGCGGAUCUCAGUCGACAUCUCGACGUGGGAGCCGCAGGAGGCACCAGAGAUAUCGUAUGACCCAGAAGACUGGGAAGGUCGCUGCGUCCAUCUCGGGCCGGAUGCCUUCCUAGAGUUUGAAGACAUGAUCUGGCAUGUGAACAACCAAAAGCUCUGUCGCGGCAUCAUCGCCACGCCCUGGCCGAUGGCUUUUGGUACCGAGAAGGGCGAGGAUAAUGACAUCAACGACGACGAUGAUGAUGACGACGACGACGAAGACGAGGAUGAAGACGCAGCGUUUGACCCAUGGGCAAGAGAAGGCCCGGACGUGCACCCGUUUCGCGUGAGGAUCUGGGGCAUUGCAAUGAGCCCCGGCGGCGGGACCACAGCGGUACUAUCGUCGAGCCAGCUGGCGGUCAGGCCAGAGAAGGGCACGUGGCGCGCCCACCGGAGCCGUGUGGUCUUUGAGUCCCAGGGUUGCCGCGCCACAGUAGCAGCACCGCUAGCAGUCAAGAAGAAGGCGACCCCUCCUCCUGAUGCCAUGGAGGUGGACCACGAGGAAGACAGCGGGCAGCAGCAGCUGGAUAUGGCGGUGGCGGCGGCGGCGGCAAUCAGUGUCGCCAACGUCGAAGGCCUGUCGACGGAAGCGAGGGUGUGGGAGUGGAUGUACGGUGGCGGGGACGGCGUGCCAGGCCUCACCCCUAGGACAGCCACGGAUGGGAAAGACAACGACAACGAGGAUACCGCUAUGAGGACCCCUAGAAAAAUUGCCCAGGAGCGAAGAGAUGCAGAGGCAGCAGCGCGCAGGCAGCACAUCUUGGACAUUUUCGCGCCCCACGUGGCCCGGCAGACGUGCACCAUCUGCGCCGACGGCAUGACCAAUAACGAUGCCACCACCGCCAAGGAGUGGCCCCUCGAUUGCUUCUGCGAGAACGGCCACCGCGUCGCGGUCUGUGGGGCGUCUGGGCUGGCGAUCACGGAGCCGCAGACCUCGCGGUGCUGUGGGGUGUGCCAGUCACGGUGUCUGAACGUCGACUUCCUCGUGGACAGGGUGCUGGUUCCGGCAGCGGCGGCGGAG